GGGUCCCAACCGCCGCCGCGACGAGUGGUGUUCAAGUUGGUGCGCGAGCCUUAGAGGAUGAGAAGUGGGUCAAGCAAUUUCAGAUAGGUGGUGGAGACAGCUGACUUCCGGGUCCCUACGCAAAAACAUCCGUCGUCACCUCUUCCACGCGCGGACUCCUCAAAUUUUGACGUUUGUUAUCACAGCUGCAACUGUGGCCACAAAUGUUGUUACCGGAAGUGACGUUUCGGGUCCGGUGAUUCGUGGAACGCCCACUUCAUCAGCCGAUUCGGAAGCAACCGGGACAUUAUUGAAGUAUUCUCUUCGGGCAUGUGAGAGAAAUUGAGGAGAUUUUAGAAAAUAGAACGUUGUUGUGAGAGUUGAGACUGAAGGGCUGAGUUGGCAAUGGCGGGGAAAGAAGGAAUCAAAAAUGUAAAGAAUCUGCUGAUUUGAAGCGAAAGACUGCUGGGAUUCCCGCGGGAGGACUCAAACAGCCGCCAAAUAGGAAAAGCGAGCAAGAGAGGAAAACCCGAUGGAACCAGGGGAGAGGAGAGGCGGGGCUAAAGGCAGGUCUGCGUAACGUAGAAAGCCCACCUUGAGAAGACGGGGGUGUCCUUGUGGACUCACGCAAACCUGCUGUAGGAGCUUUAAUUUCUGGUAAUGCCGGGGAGACUACUUGGGCCAGAUGAUGCAUUUAAUUUUAAAUUGUACUUCUCCAUUCUAGACUGUGAUCUGAAAGGAUUAUGAAAUGGCUACGGGAGAUCUUAAAGGAAAUUUGCGUAGAAUAGAACAAGGACUUCGUCUUUUAAAUUAUUCCAAAGAUGUGGAUUAUACUGGAUUAGCAAAGGGUGAUCCAUCUGCAUUUUUGCCCAUCAUCAGCUACUGUUUCACAUCUUUCUCAACACAUAUAGUGGAACUUCUGGUGGAACUGGAUGUGGAACUUACAGCAAAGAAUGAUUUGCGCUUUAUUGAAGCCACUUAUAAGCUUCUCCGGGAUCAUUUUCAAUAUAAACCAGUCUUAACAAAACACCAGUUUCUUCAGUAUGGCUUUGCAGAAAGAAAAAUACAAAUUGUUUGUGAAAUUAUUAGUCUGGUCUAUAAAAAACACAAAGAAUUAAGUAAUAUCAAGGUGAAAUCCCAAACAAGAAAGAAAAUCCAUGCUGUUAAAUAUGAACCACAAGCAAGUUCACAUCUUGAUUCUGUAUGUGAUGAUGUUCUGAACUUUCAGCAGAAACCUCAAAUAGAACGCCAUGUGAGUAAAUGUAAUAUAUAUUCCCCCGAGGAUGUAGUCCGUAAAAUACUUGUUGAAGAAGCUGAUACUUCCUACAAUGCACAUGAAGAAAGGGAAGUCACAUGUGCAGAAGAACCAUGCCUAAACCAAUCCCAGUGCUUGUGGAUCGAGUCAACAGAAAAUAAGGACCAAAUCAAGUGUGAUGAAAAGCCUCUUUUCAAGGAUAAUGAUGAUCAAAUGAAAGAAUUAAAAAGCCAAUUUGCUGAACUGCAGGAAAAAGUUAAUAAACUGAAUUGGAUAGAAGAGAAGUUGGUUGUUUUAGAAGAGAAACUGCAGGGUAAAGUGAUUAUAGAUGAGAGAGACUGGAAUAAUCUGUUGAGUCGCAUCUUGCUACUUGAAACACAGCUAUUACUGAAACCAGAAAAGAUCAAUUUAUCUACAGAAUUUAAUAACAUGAAUGAAGAAAACGCCUCUGGCAUACAUAUGACUCCAGUUUCUCCAGAUAAAGAAAAGGAAGAGCUGCCAGAGAGUCUUCAUCAGUCAUCUGGAUACAGUUCACUGAUAUCUUCAGACCCAUCUCCCAAAGCCAUGGUUGUUAAUAAUCAUGAUUUAUCCAAGGUUUUAGAGGAGACAACAAUACAAAGAAUGGAACGAAUAAACAAAAUGAUUGAAGAAACUUCAGAGUUGUUGAAGACCUCAAGCAGCACCUUCUAGAGUAGUCUACCCUAUACUGCUAGAUAUCUGAAAGUAUUCUGUAUGUGUGUAAAAUUUUUAGACUUGCUUGAAUCCUUCUUGACCCAAAUUAUUUGCAAAUGAUACAUUUUUAUGAAAAUAAACAUUUUAUAAUGCCGUCGUCAUUACCAUAAUUUUCACCUUCUUCCCUGUAAUUAUUUUCUAUGCAAGUAACUUAUGUGGCUGUAGCAAAGCUGUUCCUUUUCUUGAAGUGUAUUUUUUGUAUUGACAUUUGUUGGCACUGGGCUAAGUAAUAUGUUUUUUAAAGUGCAGGCUUGAGGACCAUGGUUUAUAUCCUGUUGGAAACACUCCAGCUGGGACUUGCAUAUUGCGCCCAAGAGAAUUGCAUACAUACCAUCCUGCCAUCUGUAAAGUUGUACAGGCCUUAAUGAAAACCCAAGAACACAGGUUGUAAAUGUGCACUUUCUAGGUUUUUUGUUUGUUUUAAAAUAUAUUUUUGUUUGUCCUUGGUCAGAAAGCACCAAAUACAUAGUAGCUUCCAUUGAUUUUGACAGUGAAGGCCAUUUUGAUCUGAAACAUUAAAAUGCAUGUAGGUCCACAGACUCUGACUAGGAAAUGUGUUGAGCGUUUUAGUGCUAUAUUACCUGACACAUUUUAAGACCAGCAGCACAGAUGGAGGCCAUCCAGUUUGUAUAGUAAGAUACAUAGCAGUUUUAUGAUUUGAGGCCAAUGACUCUUAGGAGGCAAAAGUAUCUGUAAAACAGCCAUAAAUAUGAUAUAAUCAAAUAAAGAAUAGAAGGUGGCAGAGAAAGCCUCUUCAGCGACUUAGAUUAAUUAAUGGCUGCAUACUAAUCUGUGUUGCAGAGGAAACUUUUUAAUCAGCCAGAUUAACUUUAAUUCUGCCUGUUCAUAUGAUAAGAUCCUUCAGUAAUGUUGUAAUAGCAUUUGACAUCAAAAGGGUUUUAAUAGCGUGGCUUGCAGAUGAUGUGAGAACAGCUGUUUCCAUUUUGUUGUAAAACAUGAUUUAUUUGGUAACCUUGUGUCUCUUUUAAAAAUGAAUGUAAGCUAUGCUGGCUCAUUUUAACGAGCACAAAACAUCAGCAAUAAAAUAUUUAACAGAAAA